AUGCAUCGAGAUGGCCACAGCGCGUCGAUCCGUCGCUUAGCGCACGAACGACGAGGUGCCGAGCAUGCGCAGGAUGAGCAUAUCCACGGAUUGCGGCCAGUAUCAGAUGCCAACUUGUUUGCGUGGUCUGCCGUGAUUCACGCGCCUGCUGACGGUGCGUACGACGGCGGCCGUUUCGAGAUCGAUAUUCAGGUACCGGAUACAUACCCCAUCAAGCCGCCGACCAUGCGCUUCCGCACACGCAUCUUCCAUCCGAACGUGCAUUGGAAAAGCGGUGAAAUCUGUCUAGACGUGCUCAAAACGCAGUGGUCGCCGGCAUGGACGCUGCACAGCGCUUGUACCGCCGUAGUGGCCCUGCUCGAUGCACCGGAGCCAGACAGCCCACUGAACGUCGACGCGGCCAACCUCCUACGAACAGGCGAUCUUAUCGCGUACCGAUCGAUGUGUGCGAUGUUCACGCGUUUCUACGCCACGUAG